GACUUCUCUAGUUCCAAUUCUGCUUUAUUUAGAAGUCCACCUACAAACCAAGACAUCAUUCAAAAGCUGAAUGACAUUGUUCCUCUUGAUGACUCUCAUCAUCGAAUUCGAUUACUUGUGGACACAAGCUCUAGAAUAACAGUGGAACAUACACCAUUGCCCGUGCCUGAGUAUUCGAACGAAACAUUGGAGGAGGCGGUGCGUAUGGUGCCUUCCUUUGAUGUAGUUUUAGACACGCAGCCGUUUGCAGUGUCCACCCAAGACCCUUACGUACUUCAUAAGACAACCCAACGUGAGAUGUAUGAUUUAUCUAGAGAGAGAACAGGUUGUGAAUGGCAUGGUCCAGGCCCAUUUGACGUAAUUUUAUGGAAUACUCAAGGCGAAAUUACAGAGACAAGUAUUACCAACAUAGCAAUUCGAUUCAUUGUUGACGGUCAACCUAUUUGGAAGACACCCAGAGUCAGUUGUGGUGUAUUACCAGGUGUCUUUCGAGCUUUUUUACUCAAAAGUCAUCCUAACCUUGUGGAAGAUAUUAUUACAGUUGAAGACUUAAAAGCCGCACAAAAGGUACACAUAUUUCAAUCUAUAAACGUGAGAGAAUGGGAUCCACUAAUUUUAUUAAUUAUUGAAUAG